AUGAUCGUCCGCGUGCGCACGCGCGACGGCACCGAGCGCGUGGAGAUCCCAAGCGCUGCGUCCACCGUGGGCGAGCUCAAGGACGCGAUCGAGCGCGAGCUCAAGGUGCCGAGAGACGACCAGAUUUUGUCCACCUCGCCCGACGUGCUCACGAGCAAAGAUCCGUCCGCGUUCUUGGACAUGUCGGACGACGGUGACGCGCUGGAGUCGGUGGGGGUGAAACAGAACGGGGCGAUUGUGCACGCGCGGUACACGGUGUGCCGGGAACCGACGAAGACGAUCGCGGCGACGCACAACGACGCGAGAGGGCUCACGGGCGGGAAGAUGACAGUGGACCAGAUGAUCGCGGCGCAAACGAGGAUCGAGCGACAAGAAGCGCCGCAUUGCGUCAGUGUGUCGUUCGAUGCGAACGCGGCGAAUGUGUUUCAGAGUUACGUGAACUAUACACUCGGGUUCAAGCAGGUGCGGUUUGGGUGGUUGUACGGAACGCGGGACGACGAAAACAAGGUUCGCGUCGAGGCAAUUUACGAACCCGAGCAAGAGGGCACGGAAGACGACGUCGAAGUGCUUGAGAAUACGCAAGAAGAUCACAAUGCUGAAUGUCUCGCAAGUUCCAUGGGGCUCACGCGCGUUGGAUGCAUCAUCAGCACUCCGAAGGACGAGCGAGAUUUCACCUUGAGCGCCAAGGAAGUUGCUCGCAUCGCGCGCUUACAGUCCAAGUACGGUCAGCAUUUCGCGACGGCCGUCAUGAUGACGUUCGAAGACGAAGAUGACAAUUGGCAAGUCUCGUUCGAAGCAUUUCAGCUCAGUGAUUUGGCGAUUAAGAUUUACGAUCGAGGCUGGUUUACCGGAAAGUGUGCAGUUGAUGAAAACGGAGAGGAUUUGAAGGGCGUUUCAAAACUGACAAACGAAGUGAUGGUCGAGAGAAAAGACGUGUUUGACGUGGAUAACGACUUCUUCCUAGUCACAGUACCGAUUUUAGAUCACGAAGGUCCCCUAUCAUCGACUUUCCCGGUCGAAAACCGCUUGCAUCCAAUCCAAACCGUAGACGAUUUGAGGGAAGCUCUGCAGAAAGAUAAACCAUACGGCGACCGUCUGCGAGAUUUCCACUUACUUCUCUUCUUGGCAAAACACAUCGAUAUCAAUGAGCUCGUGGCAAUCUCGGGCGCUGCGCACGAGGGCGAAGAAAUUCCAGAGGGAUAUCGCUUGAUGAUCGACUGUUUAGCAGGACUUGCGUAG